CGUCGCUUUUGCCGUCUUUAAAACCGGUUGACAUGUGUUCUAUUUUUAGGGUUAUUUUCGAUUUACACGCCAAUGGCCAAUCAAAAAAUUCAAGGACAAAUUUGCCCGUCUCCAUUGGACGUUUAAAUUCAGAACCCUUUACGGAUUGGUCGUCAAUUCGUUGUCACCGCUUUUGUCAUAUUUAGAACAUUUUUAUACGAAUUGCUCGUUCCUAGCCUGUGAUAAACUGGGAAGUGGCGUGGAGAAAAUAUUGCAAUUAUUUUUGUGAAAGCGGCAGUAAGUUCACUCAAUAUACCCUGGCAGUAAGCACGAUAAUAGAUAUACUAUGCGCGGGAGGUACACUGGCAGUAAAGUACCCAAUAAGUGGCAAGCAUGAGUGAUCAAAGUGGUAAAAAUCCACAAGAGGUUGUCCAGGAGUUUCCUCUUGAAUCAGAUUCAGAGCUCCGCUUUGAAGUCCUGGAGCAAAACAAAAAGGCUCAGGUCACCCUGGAACUCACUGCAGGUCUUGCAGAAAUAUUUGGCACAGAACUUGUCCGCAAGAAGAUCUACACUUUCCGCGCUGGUGCUAAGGUAGCCGUUUUCACGUGGCAGGGGGCGCAUGUGCGCCUGCGAGGUCCUACAGAUGUUGCCUACGUGGCCAAGGAGACUCCUAUGGUGAUGUACCUGAAUACCCACGCGGCGCUGGAGCAGAUGCGCCGGCGGGCCGAGAAGGAGGGCGGCCGCGGACCGGUCUGCAUGGUGGCCGGCCCCACGGACGUCGGCAAGUCGACGCUGGCCACUCUGCUGGUUAACUACGCGGUGCGCGCCGGCCGGCGGCCGCUGCUGGUCGACCUGGACGUGGGCCAGGGCGCCAUCUCCGUGCCGGGCACCAUCGGCGCCAUGAUGGUGGAGCGCGUGGCAGCCGUCGAGGAGGGUUUCACGCAGACGGCGCCCAUCGUUUUUCACAUGGGUCACAAGAGUCCGGGCGACAACACGGCAUGCUACCGGCUACUGGCCAGCAAACUGGCUGAAACAGUCAGCGAGCGGAUGCGCGCCAACCGGCGCUGCGGCGCCAGCGGCUGCGUCAUUAACACGUGCGGCUGGGUCAAGGGCGAGGGCUACAAGGCGCUGACGCACAUGGCGGUGGCGUUCGAAGUGGAUGUGGUGCUCGUGCUGGACCACGAGCGGCUCUACAACGAGCUGGUGCGCGACAUGCCCAACUUUGUCGAGGUGGUGUUCCUACCCAAGAGCGGCGGCGUCUCGGAGCGCAACAAGAUGCAGCGCAUGGAGGCGCGAGACGCGCGCAUCCGCAGCUACUUCUACGGCCAGUGCGGUGAGCUCUACCCUCACUCGUUCGACGUCAAAUUCUCCGACGUCAAGGUGUUCAAGAUCGGCGCGCCCAAGAUCCCCGAGUCGGCCCUGCCGCUGGGCAUGAAGAUCGAGGACAACGACACGAAGGUGGUGCCGGUGGCGCCGGGCCCGGCGCUGCUGCACCACCUGCUGGCCGUCAGCUACGCCGAGUCGGCCGACGAGGACCUCAUCACCACCAACAUGGCCGGCGUGGUGUGCGUCACCGCCGUGGACGUGGAGAACGAGACGCUGACGCUGCUGUCGCCGCAGCCGCGGCCCCUGCCGCGCUCCAUCCUGCUACUCUCCGAGGUGCAGUUCAUGGACUCUCAGUAGGCGGCGGCGGGGAUCGGGCUGGACUGCGAGUGUGUGCACUGCGGUGAGCUGGGGAUGCAGUGCACUGCGUGAGUGGACGGAUUAACUGAAUUUGUGCCGGAUGGAUAUUGUGAGGGUCAGUUGUGUACAUUGUGUAUUUAUGCGCCACGUUCAUGCUCGGAUUCACUACGUUUAGUAAAGUUGGCACUUUCUUUAGUCUGGUUAAUCGCAUUCCUGUGCGAACACGGAAACCUUUUACGGUCAAUUUUGUUUGUUUAAUGUGUGUUGUUAGUCAGAUCAUGAGCUAUUUUGGUUUGUAAAAGAAACAUUCAACUCUCACGCGUAUGAAUUUGCGUAUGCCUACAUGCCCAUAUGAAUGCUUGCAUAACUCAUGUUUGCUAUAAAAAUAAAAUGAAUUAAAA